AAAAAGAGUCUUCCCUUCGAUUCCCUAUUGAGAAGGCUCUUUCAUAUCACACAACACGUAUAUUCAACCAUACAUUCAGAGUAAGACUUGCAGAUUUUUUCAUCUAUCUUGCUCUACUAAUUUCAAUCCGCGGAAUCGUUGUUCGCUCUACUCAUCAGCCAAUCUAACAAUCGACAAUCGUCUCUUCGCGGUAUAGAACGUGACUCAAGUCGAAACGAUAUCACAUACUGAUAGUACACAUCGUACCCCUUAAAAAUGUCCGACGACGAUUACUCAUACGAAUACUCUGAAGAGGAAGACUAUGAGAUCGGGGAUGAUGAUGAUGACAUGGAUUGGAAUUCCUCCGCAACUUGUACCAUUGCAUCUGAGAAUCCGAACGCGGCUCCCACACUUGGCCUUGCAGGUAAGUUUGAAAGAAAUUUAAUAAUAGUUGUGUGAGCCUGCAUCAUUUUUGUAGUUUGUUCCCGUCUUUGCACGAGCAACCUAGAACGCAUCGUUUUAUUCGUUCGUUCAUCCCUAACCUGUUUGUUUUCUCUGCUCUGAAACUACCAUUCCUCUUUCACGAUAUAUUCACUAACCACUGAUACCGUACUCGGAUGCGCCAACUCUAAUUUGAAUCCUGGAAAUACAACAAUGACACGAAAGGAGUCUUGAACGGAAUCCGAAUCUCACCCGCGGAUGAUCUCCGUCCAGAGAUGAAGCGUCGUCUCAAGGAAGUGACAGAAAUCUUGGAUAUUCCGGAAGCGGCUGCUUCCGUGCUUCUUCGUGAACACAAGUGGUCGAAAGAACAGCUGUUCGAAGUCUUUUAUGCAGAUUCAGAGAAGUUACUAAAGAAGUGCGGGGUCUCCAACCGCUGCGACCCCAAAGAUCCGAUGAAGACAGAUCCGGACGACGACAACUGCUGCCCAAUUUGCUACGACGAUAUGGAAGAUGGUCAGAAAAUGUCGAUGCCUUGCGGACACGAGUUUUGCAUGAGUUGUUGGCAUGAUUUUUGUGCUAACGCUAUUGAGCAAGAGGGACCCUCUUGUGUUUAUGUGACAUGUCCCGAGGCCACCUGCACAGAAGUCGUGACCGAGGUUGAAUUUCAGAAGGCGGCACCGGAUUACCUCCAGAAGUUCCAAACCUAUCAGCUUCGCAAUUUUGUUGAGUCCAAUAGGCUCACUCGCUGGUGCCCGGGCAAAGGAUGCGAUCGUAUCGCUUGCGCUCCCACAGCUUCGGCGAUGGAACAAGACGGCAACGUUGCCAAUUGCGAUAGCUGUUACACUAGUUUCUGCAUGGUUUGCGGCGAGGAACCACACGCACCUAGUGAGUGCAAAGACUUGGCAAAAUGGAAUGAAAAAUGCCGCAACGAAUCGGAGACAGCGAAUUGGAUUCUAGCCAACACCAAAUCGUGCCCGAAAUGUGCCAGCCGGAUAGAGAAAAACCAGGGCUGUAACCAUAUCACUUGCCAAAGAUGCAAACACGAAUUCUGCUGGAUCUGUUCUGGAGACUGGGCGUCUCACGGAGCAAACACCGGAGGAUACUACAAAUGCAACAGAUACGAUCCAAAGAGUACUGAGACGAACGAUAAUUCAGCUGCUGCAAAGGCGAAGCGAGAACUCGAUAGAUACCUCCAUUACUACAAACGGUAUCAUGCACACUCGGAGGCCCAAAAAUUUGCAAAGAAACAGCUCAAGGAAACCGAAUCGCGUAUGGUGAUGUUGCAGGAAUCAUCGGAUAAUUCCAAGUGGACAGACGUUGAGUUUCUCAAGACGGCCAACGAGCAGCUCGUAGAGUGUCGAAAAGUACUCAAGUACACUUACGUUUAUGCAUACUACAUGAAUCCGAAUGACACGCUACAGAAGGAACGCUUCGAGUAUCACCAAGAGAUGCUCGAGAAAUUUACUGAAAAUCUGAGUGAACAAUCGGAGAAGCCUCUGGACAAGAUGGACCGAACCGAUGUCGUUAAUCAAACGCGGGUUGUUGACCGUUUUAUGAAGAAUAUUCUGAAAUAUGUAGAUGAGGGUAUGGAAGGGUGAUUUUUGAUUGGCACGUAUUAAUUUACUCAUUUAUAUUUUGGGAAUCAUUGGAAACAAACUUAAAAGGACGAUGGCACCAUUCGAUACACAUGGUCUCGAUAUAUUCGUAUUCUUUACUCUUUGAUGGCUAUACGAGACUUUUUGUGAUGUAAAAUUAAAAUAGACUUAAUUUG